AUGUCAUCUGCAAUGACCCAUGCCAAAGCUUCCCCUUCUCUUCCUCCUGCUUAUAUCUCUGGGGCUGGUGUUAUUAACCAUGCAAUAGAGGUUCGAAGCAAGCUCCAUCCAUUUGCCCAGAAGAACCUGGAUGAAAAUGUCAUUCACUUGUUUGAAAAUACCUUAGUUCUAGGCCCUCACUGGUUUGGCCAUGUUCCUGCUGAAAUGGUAGAAUUGUUCAAGGGUGACACUGAACCUCCUCUGUGUUUUCAGAGUUCUUCUGCCAUGGCAUCCCAUACUUGGGUCAACAAGAACCCGAGUCGCUCUUUUCCAUCAAAUGAAGUGAGGAAUAGUCCAGUGAAAUGGGCAGAUUGGAUUGACAGGCUCCUUCUAAGAGAUGAGAACCUUCUGGCUGUCGCUCUGUGCUUCUGGAAUUCUGCUAGCAACACUUUCGAGUUCUGCCUUGGCCUAAUGACUCCAACUCUGCUGGAUAUGGCUCAGAUUUUUAGGUUCAGACCCCAUGGAAGACCUAUGGAUGCAGUUGGUGAUUACCACAGGAGGAAGAAUAAGGAAAAGCUAGCGAAGCCCUUCACUAUCUCUCCAGCCACAAUCAACUAG